GGACAAGUACAGACAGCCAUUCCGCCGCGGCAAGGGCCGCUGACCGUCCAAUAGUGAGGCGACGGGGGCGGAACGAGGUAAUGAGGAGGCGGGGCCUGCGGCCGCGGCUGCGAGGAACGGCCGCGCGGGCUUGGAUGGUGCGGCGGGCACGAGCCCUGGGCCGCUUCGCAGAGGGACCCUGCGGCAGCCUCAGUUUCCCCCUUCGGGAAUAAGCCCAGCAUGCUGGGCUCGAGCCGCUGCACAGGCCGCGCGAAGUGAUGACGUGGCGGGUUAGGCCCCGGAGCUCCGGCGCUGCCUGUCAGAACCGCGUCAUUCCUCGUCUAUAAACCGGAGCUACAGGUUUUGCUCUUCCUCCGUGACUGGUGAUGCGCUCUGGGCCCAGCCCUCAGUCCAGAUGAUACUCAUGCCGAUGGCGUCGGUGGUGGCGGUGACUGAACCCAAAUGGGUCUCAGUCUGGGGCCGUUUCCUGUGGAUGACGCUGCUGAGCAUGGCUCUGGGGUCACUGCUGGCCCUGCUGCUGCCGCUGGGAGCUGUGGAAGAGCAGUGUCUGGCUGUGCUCAGAGGCUUCCAUCUGCUCAGGAGCAAACUGGACAGGGCACAGCAUGUGGUCACCAAGUGCACCAGCCCCUCCACGGAGCUCAGUGUCACCUCCAGGGAUGCAGGGCUGCUGACAGUCAAGACUAAGGUGUCUCCAGGGAAGCUGGAAGCCAAGGCUGCAUUAAACCAAGCCCUGGAGAUGAAGCGCCAAGGCAAGAGGGGGAAAGCCCACAAGCUCUUCCUGCACGCCCUCAGGAUGGACCCCAGCUUCGUAGACGCACUCAAUGAGUUUGGCAUCUUCUCAGAAGAGGAAAAGGACAUCAUCCAGGCAGAUUACUUAUACACCAGGGCCCUGACCAUUUCACCCUUCCAUGAGAAAGCGCUGGUCAACCGGGAUCGGACGCUGCCCCUUGUGGAGGAAAUCGACCAAAGGUACUUCAGCGUCAUCGACAGCAAAGUGAAGAAGGUCAUGUCCAUCCCGAAGGGGAGCUCAGCGCUACGCAGGGUCAUGGAGGAGACCUACUACCAUCACAUCUACCACACAGUGGCCAUCGAGGGCAACACCCUCACCCUCUCAGAGAUCAGGCACAUCCUGGAGACCCGCUAUGCCGUGCCAGGGAAGAGCCUGGAGGAGCAGAACGAGGUGAUCGGCAUGCACGCGGCCAUGAAGUACAUCAACACCACCCUGGUGUCCCGCAUCGGGUCUGUCACCAUCGACGACAUGCUAGAGAUCCACAGGAGGGUACUGGGGUAUGUGGAUCCGGUGGAGGCGGGCAGGUUUCGGAGGACCCAGGUCCUGGUGGGACACCACAUCCCACCCCAUCCCCAGGAUGUGGAGAAGCAGAUGCAGGAGUUCACACAGUGGCUCAAUUCAGAGGACGCCAUGAACCUGCACCCGGUUGAGUUCGCAGCCUUGGCCCAUUACAAACUGGUGUACAUCCACCCUUUCAUCGACGGCAACGGGAGGACCUCCCGCCUACUGAUGAACCUGAUCUUGAUGCAGGCGGGAUACCCGCCCAUCAUCAUACGCAAGGAGCAGAGGUCCGAGUACUACCAUGUAUUGGAAGUUGCCAAUGAGGGUGACGUGCGGCCUUUCAUCCGCUUCAUAGCCAAGUGUACGGAAGUCACACUGGACACAUUGCUCCUUGCUACCACUGAGUACUCUGUGGCGCUGCCAGAAGCCCAGCCCAACCAUUCUGGGUUCAAGGAAACACUUCCCGUGAGGCCCUAACUGCCCGCCCUCCCUUGGCAUCCAGAGAUGGCUUUUCUAGAAACAGUUCCCCUAGUAGCAAUAGGAAACCCUCUUACCUCCAGAUAUUUUUCAGUUGAGAAAGAAAACUAAAUUAUCAAGCCUUUCUUUUGGGUAAUUUAUAGUUCAGCCAAGUUAUUUAUUUAAUUUUUUACCGUUUUGGUGAGCUAGCAGCGCCGAGUGGUACUGUGUGCGACCACUACACCUGUGGUGAUCCUGGCACCCAGUUAGGGCAGUAGUGCUUUUCUUACGUCCUGAGCAUGGGUGUCUUGACACAAUUUGCACUAAAGGUGGAGAUGGGGAGCCAGAUCUUUGAGAGGGAGCCCAGGGCCCCAGGGAUCACUUGGAUGCCUUUGAGGUCCUGUGACCUCAGGUUGACAUCUGCAACCUUGGGCAGAACCUGCCCUGUGCGGGGGCAGGAUUUUACACCUGUGCUGUAGCAGCAGCUUCUACCGGCAGCGCAGCCCUUUAACACAGGAAGUAAACGAUUACAUCUCCAGUAGGAGACUGCAGAUUUCCAAAGACCCUCUGAGCUAUUAACUUGCUAACCUGAGUGCCAGGGGAUAGUACUCUUUCUCUCUGCCCUGUACUUCACUUGCAUCAACUGAGGCUAAAAGUUCUCAAGCCAGCCUACCCCACCACCCCACAAAGCGGGUCUGCCUUCACUUCCCACUCAGUCUUCUGAGGAGAGGCUUGGCGGUAGAAUGCUUCCCAGCAUACAGCACACAUGGCACCUGCCCAAACAUUAGAAAAGAAUGUAUCUGAAUUACCGCAUCAACCCCAAAUAAGCAAUUCUGAUAAAAGAUUGAAAACAAGCAAACACCUGUGACUACAACCCAGCCUUUCCCUCUUCCCGUCUGAUGACAUCACAGGGUCCGUGUCCCCACGGGUAGUAGACUGCCUUGGAGUGGCCUUCUAGUAACUUAGGAAGUGAUGGUGUCUUGUCUGAUAGACACAUUCCCAAGUUGUCAUCUUAGAAAGAAAUAAACUUUUCAAUCAUAUUUAUGGCUAAGUGCCAAUUUGACUGCUGCUAUUUAGAGUCAUAAUGGCUACGUCACUGGGUUUUGUUCUGAGACAGCCUAGGGUGUCCCAGCACACUGCACUUUGUCUUUGUUUGAAAUGUAAAUGCAUACCAGCUACCAAGCCAUGUAUCCAGCGUUUAGAAAGAUACUCAGGCAGUUUUCUGAUGAACUGAGAAAAAAACAGGUGAGGAAAAAACAGAUGUGUGCCUCAACAGCCUUGCAAGCACGCAGCCAUAGACAUCACCGGGCGAGACAUUGCAUGCAAGUGGAGCCCCAAGCUCCUGGUUCUUCUCUGCACACCAAAUCUCACGGAGGCUCGCUUUGUUCUGUAGUGAGAACCUGCACUUUAGCUACAUGUGGAAAAUAUUAUUUUAACAAAUUCCUGGUUCUAAUAAAGUAUUUUAUUACAA